AUGUAUGAGGCAACCCGUGAGCUUGUAUGGUUGAGGAAUAUGAUCAAUCACAUCCGAGUAGAUAGUGGUUUAGGCGUGGGAAAAGAAGCACCAACAGUUAUCUAUGAAGACAAUGCAGCUUGCAUAGCUCAGCUCAAAGAUGGAUACAUCAAAGGAGAUAGGACAAAGCAUAUCUUGCCCAAGUUCUUAUUCACCCACGACCUGCAGAAGGCUAAAGAAGUUCAAGUGGUUCAAGUCCGGUCCAGUGACAAUUCAGCCGACCUUUUCACCAAGUCUCUACCAACCUCAACAUUCAAGAAGCUUACAAAUCAAAUAAGAAUGCGCCAGCUGAAGGAUCUUCAGUGA